AUGUCUGUAUCUCCCUCUGAGACGCCCGCAUUGCGGCCGAACAGCGCUUCUGCUCCUCCGGCGGAGGACCACCAACCUUCCCCUCUUCCUUCCGCCGCCGCUUCCGCCGCUCCUCCGGGGGCAAGGCUCAUUCCCCUGCGUGGCGCGAGAUCUGCGCGAACCGCCGAGUCGCCAUACGCAAAAGUGCCAAAUUCCACUGUAACGACCCAGAGCCCGUCCGCGACGCGGUUCGUCCCUCUCAGGCUGCGCCUCGGGAAGCUGCAGCACCAGCAGCAGCGGCGCGAGAUGGAGGGUGCGACGGACAUUGCGAACCAGGGCGGCCCGAUACUGGCCUACCCGAAGGUGUACUUAAUCUACUAUGGGACCUGGCCUGAGGGGGCCGGGCAGGAUGCGAUUGAGAAUUUCAUAAACUCGCUGGGCGGGGAUGCGGGGAACCAGGGGGACCCGACGGGGGAGAGCAGCGUGCGACGGUGGUGGGACAUUUCGACCAACUACUACCAGAAUAACGACGACGGCUCUCAGACGUUCGUCAGCCCCGAGAUCGUGUUUGGCGACACGGUGACAGACGAGGGAUCCAACGGCUGGGAAUCCAUCGAUUUGGGGACGACACCACAGCCCAAAUCCAUCACUUACCAACCGUAUUCCACAUCCCCAAACCCAUCCAGCGUCACGCCCAAUGGCAUGCCUGGAAUAGACGGCAUGAUUUCCACCAUUGCUCACGAGAUUACCGAGGCUGCUACCAACCCUGACGUCUCGUCCGGGUGGAUGGCCUCUGACGGCGAAGAGAAUGCCGAUAUGUGCGCGUGGCAGUAUGGCGACGUUUCGCAGGAUACUGAUGGAGAUGGAAACACUUAUGAUUAUAACAUGGUGGGGAACGAUGGGAUGCGGUUCAUGGUUGAAGGUAACUGGGACCUCAUUACCAAUUCAUGCCAGAUUCAAGCACAGGAUGAUGGUUACUCGCCCGAAGCACUUGCCGCCAGCGCUGCUCUUUUGGAGCAGAAUCCUGAUGUGUACGCUGCACAAACAGGCGUCCUCCCCCUCCCCUCCCUCCUGCCAUACCACUUUCCAUCAGUUACUCGCCCGAAGCACUUGCCGCCAGCGCUGCUCUUUUGGAGCAGAAUCCUGACGUGUACUUAUUCGCCCGAGGCACUAGCUGCCAGCGCUGCUCUCCUAGAACAAAACCCUGACGUGUAUGUGACGUGGAACUACCGCAAGAAGGCCUCCUUUCCCCUCCUUCUCCCCUUCCAUCUUACUUUCAGCUAUUCGCCCGAAGCACUAGCCGCCAGCGCUGCUCUUUUGGAACAAAAUCCCGAUGUGUAUGUGACGUGGAACUACCGCAAAAGGGCUUUUGUGCACCGAUGCGGCGCCCUGGAGGCAGGGGCGGAUGGGAGCAGGGAGGGGAAAGCGGUGCAGAGGGGUGCGGAGGUGAAAGAGGGGGAGAAAGAGGCGCAGGGGAAAGAGGCGCAGGGGGAGGGGGUAUCAGAGAAGGGAAAGGUUGGGACGGAUGGGGCAAUGGGGGAGGUGGAGAGUGCGGGAGGGAGGGAUGGCAAUGGGGAGGAGAGUGAAGUUGGGGGAGAGAAUGAUGGGAAGCAGGGAGAGGAGCAGGAGAGGGUAGAACGGGAGCGAGAGGAGCGGGUGAGGAGGGAGGAGGAGAGGAGGGAAGAGGAGAGGAGGGAAGAGGAGAGGAGGGAAGAGGAGAGGAAGAUAGAGGAAGCUAAGGGUAAAUUGGCUGACGAAGAGCUGAAACUGAUAGAAGCAGCCCUACGAACCAACCCCAAGUGCUACGGCGCCUGGCACCACCGCAGGUGGCUCUUCGCCCUCUCCUCCACCGAGCCUCUCCCGAGCCUUGGAGCCAGCCUCGGGCCGAGCCUGCAGCAGGUUCGGAUCAACCUGCGGUCGGAGGCUCGGAUUGCCCGGGAGCAGAAGCUGCUGGGGAUGAUGCUGAGUGCAGAUGAUCGGAAUUUCCAUGCCUGGGACUACUGGAGGUUUAUCUCCCAUGUGGCCCACAUAUCACCAUCCACGGACCUGGCGUUCACCAUGGGUCGAAUUAAUUCCAACUUCAGCAACUACAGCGCGUGGCACAGCAGGAGCAAGCUGUUGCCAAAGCUUCACUCAUGCCAAGCAUCCUUGGAGGUAAAAGCAGGACGAGCCACACCCUCUGCAUCAGAGACACGAGGCCUGCCCCAGGAAGCAUUGGAGGAGGAGUGUGAGCUGGUCCGCCAGGCCUUUUUCACCGAGCCUGACGAUCAGAGUGGGUGGAUGUAUCAGCACUGGCUGCUGCAGCAGAUCCUGCCUCCCCUGCCGCCCCACCUCCUCGCCUCCUGGCCUUCUCCUGGAAGCACCGUCUGUUUCAGCUUACCUGAAAAUUCACCUGAGAAGUCUCCUGGAGGCGAUUCUGCAGCUGUGGAGGGCGUUUCCGAUGCUUCUGCCGGAGCUGCGGGCCAGGUUCGGAUGUCGGCGGUGCUGGUGUUCUCCGAACCUGUAGUGGGGGUGACAAGAGAGAGUGUGUCUCUAACGGGGGCUGGGUUGGAGGUGGGUGAAUGGAGGGCCGUGGGGGGGGAAGAGGCGUGGCUUUCCGGGCGGCUGGCUGGAUGUGGGCGGGAAACGGGCGGCAAUAUGGGUCACUCGCAUGCGACUGUGCCGCCCAUGAGCCUCCCCACUCACGACUGGUCCAACUUCCUCUGGCCAUCAUCCCCCUCACCUUCCCCCCCGGCUUCCGCUCCUGCUGCUGCUGAUGGUGCUGCUGACGGCGAUGCUGCUAGUGCUGGUGGUGUUACGAGAGGGCGCGAGCAGUGGCGGGUGGACGUGGUCCAACGGGAGAUUGACAUGUGUCGCGAGCUCAUUGACCUGGAGCCAGAUAGCAACUCAGUAAUUCCGCAUGGCCCUUUUCCCGCAUUUGUCCCCCACUUGUCUCCUAAACGCCCCCCCUCCUUGCAGCAAGUGGGCCCUCCUUUCGCUGUCUUGCCUCCUAUCCACUCACUGAGUCACAAGUCCGCUUCCUCUUCCCCCUCCCCCCACCACCCUUGUUCCUCCCCUCCUUGCAGCAAAUGGGCUCUCCUCUCUCUCGCUCGCCUCCUCUCCACACGCCGCCAGCUCCACCACCUCUUGCCGAUCCUGCCCGUGCAGGCUCGGCAGGAUGCCGAGGCUCGCGAGGAGGUUCGGUCGUUGCUUCGGCGGCUGGUGGGGAUCGAUCCGUACCGCAAGGAGUAUUACCGGGACCUGCUAGAAGCGCUGGAGGGAGAGGAGGUGAGAAGGGUGUGUGUAAGGAGUGUGUGUUAA